CUUCUUAUGCUUCUUCGACUUAGACUUCGAGUUCAAUGAGAAUACCGAUAAAUUAAAAUUAAAAAAGAAAAAUCCGAUUCGAAUUAAAAUUCCGAACCCAAGUUUAAACUUUCUUUGAUUCUCUUCUUCAACUCAGCAACUGAAACUGCUAGCUAAUGGAAACACAUUAGAACACACUCUCCUUGGUGAGGGUAUGAAUGCAAACGGUUGUAACUUUACAAGGUUAUAAUCUGAAUUUCUUUUAAAGGGUUUGUGUUGUUUGAAGCUAGUUUUUUGAGUUAUGGCAUCAUCUCAUAAUAAUAUGCAUUCAGAAGCAGCUAAAAUGGAACAAAUUGUUACUGAAUUCUAUGCUAAGAGUCUCCAAAUUAUACUUGAAUCAAGGUCUCCUUAUAUGUCUUCACAUAACUUUAGUGGUGAACAAACUUUAUCCCCGUCUUCUUCGUCGUCGUCAUCAUCUAGCGUGAGGCCGAGAGAUAAAUGGUUUAAUUUAGCUCUGAGGGAAUGCCCUGCUGCGCUAGAGAAUUGUGAUCUCUGGCGCCAGAGUAAUUCAGAACCAAUGGUCGUUGAUGUGAUUUUGGUGCAGAGACCGGUUGGUUGGGACCAGGUGAAUUUUUCUCCCAAAAGGGAUCUUGUUAGGCAUUUUUCUUCUAAGGAAAGGUGUCUGGUUGGUUGGAGUUCUGAUCAGGAGGAACUUGGGUGUGAGGGUAAGAGCGAAAAGAUUGUAGAGAGAUGGAUAGUGCAGUAUGAGAGUAGGAAGGCCAGUGAUUGUAGUUCGGGGAGUAGGAGGUCGAGUAAUUAUGCUUUGCAUAAUGUGUAUAAGAAAUCAAUAUUACUUUUGAGAUCGUUGUAUGUGACUGUUAGGCUUUUACCUGGGUAUAACAUUUUCCGCGACCUGAAUUCCUCUGGACAAAUAUGCACCUUUACCUUGGGUCAUAGAGUGUCUUCUUUUGUUGAGCCAUUCACUCGUAAAGAAGAGGCAGAAUUUCAGCGCUUUGGUUUCACUCCUGUUGAUACUUCUUCUGGUAGGCUUUGCAUUUCAGUGUUGUAUCGUUCAUUACCUUCGGAUGUAUGCUCUGAGCCUUCAACCCCUAUGUCCCCCCAAUUUAUACCAGACUAUGUUGGGAGCCCAUUGGCGGAUCCACUGAAGAGAUUCCCCUCUCUUCCUAUGUCACAUUGCUCACCGUCGUCAUUGCCAUUGUCACGACCCCACAGUUGGAGCUAUGACCAUUAUAAGGCCUCUCCACCUUCAAUUUCUUUCUCACCUUCACCCACCCAUUCAGAACCACAUGCUUCCCGCCGUUACCCCCCUACCAACUUGCCUCCACAUCCGCCUGAAACAUCUCUAGUUCAGAAGAAACGUACAAGUUUUGAUGAGUACUAUCCAUCUCCUAGCUUUUCCCCCUCCCCUUCCCCCUCACCACCAAUCUAUAUUCCUGGAAGACGUCUGUCAACGGGUCUUUUGCGAUCUGAAAGUGCUCCAUUCAGCUUACCUGCUCCUAAGCUUGCUAAUUCCCCUGCAUUGUCAAGCAAGCACCGGUCUCCGUCUCCUCCCCUUAAAAUUACAAGGUCCAAUACUUCUAGGAUUGAUAGAAGUAUGGGUCAGAUUCAAACUGGUGCAGGAAUUGAGAAGUUUCACUCUUUUGGGAAAGAUGACUCUCGAAAAUGCUCUGGGGUGAAGUUAUCGUGCAACAGCUCUCCACAAAUUUCUUUUUCUAGAAGCUCUAGUAGGUCUUUCCAGGAUGAUUUUGAUGACGAGUAUCCUUGCCCGUUUGAUGUUGAGGAUGUUGAUGUGACAGAUUCAAGUAGCAGACCAGAAUCAUUUGAUCAGAAAGGGCAUCUAUGUGAGCCACUUGAGCCUGGUGGAUAUCCAAUGAAAUCCCAAGACGCUGCUGUUGGUGCCUUUGUAUGUAUGUUGAAGAAAGCACCGCCUCUUCGCCAAGACUUCUCCGGUUCAGUAAAUUUAUCAGAAGCCUCCAGACCUCAGACGUGGAGUAGCACCACCCAGGAGCCAAGACAGAUCUCCGAUGCAACUUCAAGUCAGCAGGGUGCUUCUGUGAGCAUUACAUCUUCUGGUCUUGUAGCAUCAAAGACAACUGCUGAUGCAUUAGAAGAACUCCGGGGUUACAAAGAUAUGAAAAACUUGUUGCUUAGACAAGGUGCCAGGUCCCAGUCCCACUCAUCGGCAAAUAAUUAUUCUACUGCAGAACCUGGCAGCAGAGGUUCAACAGGGUAAGCUCAGCUAAUGUUAAUACUCCUUUGUACAUAUUGUACAGAAAAUUUGGUUUUUAAAUUGUGGUUUCACGCCAUGCAGCCGAAAUGCGUUUUUUAAGCAGUAUACAUAAAUAUAAAAAUAUGAGAUAAGGAGACGCAAGUUUUAUACUAUAACAGAAAGUUUGUAUGUUGGAUUUAUAACUUUUUAUGUAAAAAGCACCGGUUGUUCAUUACUGUAUAAAUCAUGGAGAGUUUG